GCUGCUGGGGCGCGAGUGCCGGCUGAGUGCGGGUGGUUGGGCGUGCGGGGCCAGCGGGCACGCGCGUGCGCGGCGCCGAGAUCCCUGGGGAAGUAGGGGAGCGGCCGACGCCGAACCGCACGCACUGACCGGCGGCUGGCGGCGCGCGCGAGAGCGGGGGUGGUGCGUUCGUGUGUGCGCGUGAGUGUGUGUAUGUGUGUAGAGCUCUGGUGCGGUGCGCCAGCCUCCACUGCCCGGGUGCGAGUCCCCCAUCGUUUUCCACACCCUCCCUCCGUCCCCGUUCCUUCCCUGCCACCCUCCCGCAUCCCCACGGCCGCAAGCCGAGCAAAAGCCCAGGGAAGCAGGUGUGGGGGGGCGGGCGGGGUCGCACGAGACAAAGGGGCCCUGGGGUCAGCCCGCCAUGGCCUCCCGGAGCCUGGGGGGCCUGGGAGGGAGCCGAGGCGGGGGCGGCGGCGUCAAGAAGAGCCUGAGCGCCCGCAACGCCGCUGUGGAGAGGAGGAACCUGAUCACGGUGUGCAGGUUUUCUGUGAAGACCCUGAUUGAUCGGUCCUGCUUUGAGACAAUUGAUGAUUCUUCUCCUGAAUUUAACAACUUUGCAGCCAUUUUGGAACAGAUUCUAAGUCACCGACUGAAAGAGAGUUCCCAAAGUUGCCGAUGGCUGUCUCAUCUGCAAAUACCUCUUCAAGGUCAAGUAACCUGGUUUGGUUACGGAAGUCCUCGUAGCUUCUGGGACUAUAUCAGAGUGGCUUGCCGGAAAGUUUCACAGAACUGUAUCUGCAGCAUUGAGAAUAUGGAACAUGUCAGUUCCUCCAGAGCUAAGGGUAGAGCCUGGAUCAGAGUAGCACUCAUGGAAAAACAUUUGUCUGAAUACAUCUCUACAGCUCUGAGAGACUUCAAAACAACCAGGAGAUUUUAUGAAGAUGGAGCAAUUGUCUUGGGUGAGGAAGCAAAUAUGCUUGCUGGCAUGCUCCUUGGACUCAAUGCUAUUGAUUUCAGCUUCUGCCUAAAGGGAGAAAGAUUGGAUGGCAACCUUCCUGCUGUAAUAGACUAUAUACCAUAUUUGAGGUUUACCCAAAGUUCUGAUAGUAUCAGCAGCGAUGAGGAAGAGCUGAGGACUCUGGGAAGCAGUGACAGCGAGAGCAGCACUCCAGAGAAGGCUGGGCCUCCAGUCAUCAUGGAUGAGAACAGUUGGUUCAACAAGUGUAAGAGAGUCAAACAGAAGUAUCAGCUCACCCUGGAACAGAAGGGUUAUCUUGAAGAACUCUUACAACUUCGAGAGAACCAGCUGUCUGAAUCUGUCGCUCAGAAUAAAAUACUACUACAGAGGAUUGAAGAUUCUGACCUGGCUCAUAAACUGGAGAAGGAACAAUUAGAAUAUAUAAUUGUGGAGCUUCAAGAUCAGCUGACUGUGCUAAAGAAUAAUGAUUUAAGAUCGAGACAAGAGUUAACUGCUCACCUCACCAACCAGUGGCCUUCCCCAGGAGCUCUGGAUGUCAGUGCUGUUGCCUUGGAUACGUUGCUUUACCGAAAACACAAUAAACAGUGGUAUGAAAAAAGUUAUCAGAGCCUUGACCAGUUAUCAGCUGAGGUUAGCCUUUCUCAGACUUCACUGGAUCCAGGUCAGUCACAAGAAGGAGAUGGAAAACAAGGCACAUUAAAUUUAAUCAGUGAAGGUAAAGAAGAUACUCCCUCAUUACUUGGCCUCUGUGGGUCUCUAACGUCAGUGGCAAGUUACAAAUCUCUAACAAGCCUAAAAUCGAAUGACUACCUUGCAAGUCCUACAACAGAGAUGACAAGUCCAGGUCUGACUCCAUCCUGAAAAAUUGUAUGUAAAAGCCAGAAGUUUUUAUGUUGCAAAUAGUCCAUAUACGUAAGUUUGACUGCUGGGAAAAUCUUUGGAAUUUUAUAUUGUUCUGGGACAUGUCUGGAAUUCUGUUGCUUGUAUUAGAGAAUUCAGUCCACUCCAUGUAAACUUCUGGGUGAAAAAAAAAUGCUGCCAUUUUUCAUUUUAAAAUGAUUAUAUUUGUCACUGAAGUUUAAAAAUAGGCUUAAAAAACUUUCAGAUAUCCUCUAAUAAUCCAUUGCAAAUUGUACAUAUUUAUUAUUCAGCUGAUUUUCAUAUAUUUAAAUGUAUUAUAGUUGCCAGAGACUGAGUUCAAGGUUUUAUUCUAGAUAUUUAAGUAUUUUCUUUUGCUGUCUUAUUCAAUGAUUACAUUUUCUAAAAAUGACUUAUUUCAUAUUUCAUGAACUCCUUCCCAGGUUCUGAUGUUUAAAUGCCUUGUCUUUGAAGUGAGGAGAAAGGUUCUCAGCUGCGGUUUCACAGCAAUUUAUUCAGUUUGUCUGUAACAGUUACCAUUUAGCAUCAACCUAACAUUCCAUUCAGCAUUUUAUAAAUUUUGUAGGACAUGCCUUUAGGCAGUUACUAAAUUUGUUCGGGUCACAAGGAAAAUAUUUUACAGUAUUUUAGGCUAUUUAGGUAAAAUGAAUAACAUUUUGUUUUCCAAAAUUUCCUUUAAAGUUUACCAAUUUUAAAAUUGAUCACAUUUAUGUCCCAUAAAUUGGAAAAACUUAAAAAUGUAGAACAGAUGUUGAAAACAAUUUUAUCAGGAAAGAUUUCAAGUUCAUUUAAGGAUUUGAGAAGUUUUAAAAUAAGGAUCAGUGGGCUCAUCACCAUACUGAACAGCAUGUCUGACACCCAGUGCUGUUUUUCUCUCGUGUGCAGGAUUGAAUUGUGUCUUACGUGCUUUAACAGCUUCUGUCAUUAAUCAUGCCAUAAUCUCAUUUUAAAACUGACCUUAAAAAUUACUAGUUAAAAAUUAGUUUUCUUAAAAAUCUCUGAGCUGUCUUUUAAAUUUUUGCAAAUUUUGAAACAGUUGUACAUUUGGUCUCCCCCAAAUUCCACCAUAUUGAAAAAGGAAAUGUAUGAAGUGUAUUUUCUAGAGUAAGAUGAGGAAAACAUGGUCAAUUGUGCCAAAGAUGUUUUAUACAUUGUUUACAUGAAGAGGCUACUACAAUACUUAUCUGGGACUUUGUAUGCUAUGUUUUAUUUGUUAAUAAAACAUUACAUUCAAACUUAGUAACUUUGACUAUUGAAAGGACAUUCCUCCUAAAAUAUUGAGAGAAAAGCAGCACUUACCACAGUCAUUCUUUGUAUUAGAAAUGUGGGAGUGUGGUGGUUCUCUGCAAUACUUGACUCUCAUUAUUCAGAAUUUAAGAUAAUAAACAGUAACAAGGCUAGUCAUGUGUUAAGAUAGUUCGAACAAUGUCAUUUCAAGGACAAAGAAGACCUGGAAGCCCUUAAGUUAUUUAGAUGUAUCAGAACAUACUCAGAGCUUUCUUCCUUUAGCUUAAGUCUUUGGUAUUUGUAGUAAUGCAAAUAUUCUUGAGAAAUGGUACCAUCAAUCUAGUCUUAAUUCUGUAUACCUUAUUGUGAAUGAUGUAUCUAUAGCAAUUUGUAAUUCAGCAUGGGGAAUGGAAGGAAGGUUAAAACAGGGUUACUGGAAACCUUGGGAGGAGCGAAUGAGAGACGAUUAAGGGCAGGGUGGGGGGACCUUUGAAAAUUUUAGGCUUUUAGCCUUAAGCACUGUUGCUGCUGCUUUCCUAACAAGUCAGACUAUUUCAAUGCUUUCAUUCAUGGGCCACUCUCAAACGACAUUAUCCUUUAGUAAUUAAAGAAAAUCAUUGUUACAUUUUCCAUGCAUUUUUAUAAUAUAGAAAGGAAAUACAGGAUUCCAUAAUUGAUCAGAAUUUUCAGAUUUGUUCUAAUGUGUACAGAAUCUUGUGCCUCUUAACGCGCUGCUGAACGCAGACUGAAACAUGACAUCUGAGGACAGUGACUUUUCCUCCUUUCUUGGAGCUCUUGGUAUAAACUUGAUCUGUUAAUGUGACUUCAGGUUUCUACACAGUUCAUUUCCCGCUACUUAUAGUGAUAGUUUGUUAGUGUUUGCAUGAGGUGUGUCUCGAUCUUCAGCAGUGUUCAUUGUUCACGCACCCUCCCCUAAACAGAAUGCUGAGCUACAUGCUCCUAUUGCCAUGUGUAUUUCGUUGCCUUGAUGUACGAUACUUGUUGCAUGUAUAUUAAACAUUUUGUACCAUGAA